AUGGCGGUUACGAUGGAGACCGUGGUGGAGGAAGCGGUGAAUACCGCAAUGGAGGCAGUGGUGGUUAUGGAGGUGAUGGUGGAAGACGUGAGUGUGGAUACAAUGGUGGUGGUUGGUGGAGGUGGCUACUCGAGUGGAGGAGAUGGUGGUGGAUACAGUGGUGGUGGAUACAGUGGAGGAAGCGGUGGAUACUGCAGUGGAAGCAGUGGUGGUUAUGGAGGCGAUGGUGGAAGAUGUGAGUGUGGAUACAAUGGUGGUGGUUGGUGGAGGUGGCUACUCGAGUGGAGGAGAUGGUGGUGGAUACGGUGGAGGUAG